AUGGACGGUCUGAUCUCCUACCUGCGCUACCCCGUCCUGGCCUCUUCAGGCAUCGCCGCCCUCCUCAGCGGCGUGCUGUACUUCAAGCAAAACGAAAUCAUCUAUCCGCGCAAUAUCCCCGCCGGUGCUCGAACCGACGUCCCUCGCCCCUCGCAAUUCGGCAUCCGCGACUUCGAGGAGCUCAUGAUCCCCACUCCGGAUGGCGAAUCCCUCAGCGCCUUCUUCAUCCGCCCCUCGAACAAACAGCAUGCGCGCAACAUAACUUUUCUUAUGUUUCACGGAAAUGCCGGCAAUAUCGGCUACCGGCUGCCUAUUGCCAAGAUUAUAGAGGAGGAGCUCGGCUGUAAUGUUCUCAUGCUGCAGUACCGUGGCUACGGUCUUUCGACCGGCACGCCCAAUGAGAAGGGCCUCAUGAUCGAUGCUCAGACCGGCCUUGACUAUAUCAGGCAACGCGCAGAGCUCCAGGGAACCAAGAUCAUUUUAUAUGGUCAGAGUUUGGGCGGCGCCGUUGCCAUUGGCCUCAGUGCAAGAAAUCAAAAGGAGGGAGACAUUGCCGCCAUGGUCCUCGAAAACACUUUCACCAGCAUCAGGAAGCUGAUCCCCAGUGCUUUCCCGCCCGCCAAAUACCUUGCGCCCUUAUGUCAUCAGAUUUGGCCUAGUGAGGAGACGAUGCCACAAAUCACGGCUGACAUCCCGUUUCUUUUCCUCAGCGGUCUGAAAGAUGAAAUUGUUCCACCGUCUCACAUGACAAGACUGUUUGAGCUUUGCGUGUCAAAAUCGAAGAUCUGGCGCGAAUUCCCGAAUGGCAGUCAUAACGACACAGUCGCCGAGCCCCUCUAUUUUGAGUACAUCGAGGAUUUCCUCCGCAGCCACGUCCUGAGGAAAUCCGUACCAGAGAAAACUGGUCAACCCAGUGUCUGA